AUGCGAACCCCAUCUACGACGCGGGUGGCGACGACCUUCACGACCGCGUUGCUCGCGACGCUCAGCUCCGCGGCGCCUGCGGACAACACGAUCGAGAUCGUUGGCAAUUCGGGGGUCAGGUCAGUUCAACUUCAUUGUCUUGUUGCUCUUUUACUCUUCUGGAUCGUGUUCGGCUGGGACGACAUGGCUGUAUCGCACCACACCACGAAACGAGGCCGUGCGAACUGGGACGCCAAGCACGCCCGGCCGGAGUAAAUCGCUUUCGACGGAUCGAUGGCCUCACUUUCCGGUGACUCGCUCGCGGCGCGCACGCGCGUUUUCGCCUGCCAUCGUCGUCACCCAACCUCGGCCUACGGAGCGCGGCCCAACAAUGGGCGUGCGGCAUUCUCGGCGCGAGGGACGUGCGAGCGUGCAUGUGCACACCGUGUCCUUUGUGUUGUCACGUGACGGCGAGCAAUCGCUUUCAUGGACAGCUCUUCGCCCUGUACCUUGUGUGCGAGAUGCGGUCGACUCCGAGGCGUUGGCACUCCAAAUCGGACUCGCCAGAUGCGAUGCGAUGCACCCUACCCCGCAACACCGCGCGGGCCCGCGGCGCGUCUACUUCCCACCGACACCGCCGCCGGCUCGGCGUUUUCCAACCAAAAAAAUGAUCGCCCGUAGCUAGCCUGGACCUCGUGCUUGGGAGGACGGACGGUCGCUGAACAUCCCAUUCUCACCCCCCUUUUAUGAUCACAACAGUGCACAGCAACUUUUCCUUGGCCAAUCCAACAAGGUUUACAUCGUCGACAAGACCGAACGCAACCCGGUCAACACCACCAGCGGCCACCCAGCAUGGGCGACCGAGUACGACUACACCGACAACACGUUCCGCACCAUGGACAUCAAAACCAACUCGUUCUGCGCCGGUGGCAACGUGCUCGGCAACGGCACCUGGGUCAACAUUGGUGGCAAUCAGCCCGUCGGUCCCGGUGGGCUCAACGCCAACGCUGUCCCAGAUCCUUACGUCAACGGCGAUGGUGGGAAGGCGACACGGUGAGUGGACCUACUCUUCGAUUACCUCUUCGAAGACAAGUGGGUGCUUAACACGUACCUUUGCCCCUCGAUGCUUCAGGCGACUGGAUGUGUGCACCGAUGAAAAGUGUGACUGGAUCGACGAUGGGGCCAACUACAUGACAACGCGCCGAUGGUAUCCGACACUAGAAACGCUUGAAGAUGGAUCCAUGAUCGUCAUCGGAGGCUGUGACUGGGGAGGAUACGUCAACGACAAGUCGCAGAACAACCCGACGUACGAGUACUACCCGUCAAAGGGCGGUCCGAUCGGCCUCAACAUCCUCACCACGACCUUGCCGGCGAAUUUGUUCCCGCUGACGUGGCUGCUCCCUUCGGGUAACAUCUUCAUCAACGCCAACUUGGGUACCGAGAUCUUUGACUACAAGAACAACGUCGAGUACGCUGUCUCCGAUAUGCCUCACGCCGUCCGCACCUACCCCGGAUCGGCUGCCACCGGCAUGCUGCCGCUCACCCCGGCCAACAACUGGACGGCGACCAUCCUUUUCUGCGGUGGCACGAACUUGCAGCCCGACCAAUGGGUCACCUCUUGGAACAUCGCCGCUUACCCCGCUGACAGCACGUGUGUGUCCAUGACCCCCGAUGUCUCGACCAACUGGGUCGAUGAUGAUCCGCUGCCCGAGGGCCGAGUGAUGGGUAAUCUUAUCAGUCUUCCCGACGGUCGCUUUGUCGUGAUCAACGGUAUCGGCAAAGGUACAGCCGGUUACGGAAACACGUCGUGGGCCAUCGGUCAAUCUUUCGGUGACGAGCCCGUUCACUCCAUUCGCUACUACGACCCCUACGCCGCCUCGGGCAAGCGCUUCUCCAAGAUCGUCGCCAACUCGACCGUUGACCGCAUGUACCACUCCUCAGCGACUCUCCUCCCCGACGGAUCGAUCUUGUCAUCGGGCUCCAACCCCAAUGCCGACUACGUCGCCCCCGGCACCCCUGGCUACACCUAUCCUACCGAGUACCGCGUCGAGCGAUUCUAUCCCGACUACUUCACCGCGACGCGCCCGCAGCCGACCGGUCUCCCGACGACGCUCGGCUACGGUGGCUCGUACUUCAACGUCACUCUGUCCAAGAGCGAUGUCGGCAACGUCUCGAAGCUCGACAACACUAAGGUCGUGCUGAUCCGACCUGGCUUUUCGACCCAUGCGAUGAAUAUGGGCCAACGUUUCGUCCAGCUCGACUCGACCUUCACCGCCAACUCGGAUGGCUCGGCCGUGCUGCACGUCUCCCCCGUCCCUCCCAACGCCGCGAUCCUCGUCCCCGGCCCUUGCCUCAUUUUUGUCGUCGUUGACGGCAUCCCUUCGAUCGGCCAGUGGGUUACCAUCGGUAACGGCCGACUCGGAGCCCAGACCAUCAGCCCCGUGCAGCGUCUUCCCGCUUCGACCGGUGGUGAUGGCAAGCCAUGGAACAGUGGCAACAGCACGUCGACGAGCACGACCUCUGCUGCCGGUUCCGCUGGCACGGGUUCUUCGAGUUCCAACUCCAACAACAGUCCUGGCAGUGGGGCCAUGUCGAUCCUCGCGCCUGUCUUUACUGUGCUUGGCGCCGUGAUGGCCGCCUCGACUUUGUUGAUCUAG